AUGUCAUUUUAUGAUGAUGUACUUGUUAAACUAACAAUGAGUGGAUUUUUUGGUGUUCGAGAAGUUGCUUUAAAGGAAGUUGAAAAUUAUUUAAAAGAAAAUGAAAGUAAAAGAAGUGUAUUAUUUAAUCAAUUCUUGACAUAUCAAAAAGGUAAUUGUCAUCAACGACAAGCUUUGGCUUAUGCAUUUGUUGCUGUAAGUAAAGGAAAUGAACAAUAUUCAACAAAAGUUACUCCAAACUUAAUUUUAAUGUUAGACGAUCCUAUUUCUAAUGUUAGAAUUAGUACUUUAAUUGCGUUAGGAAAACUUCAUUCAUCUUCACAAGAUAUAAAAUUUGCACUUUCAACAUUAUUAAAGAAUGAGCAUGACACUGAUGUUCACAGUAUCGCAGAACAAGUAUAUGCGAGGAUUUGUUAA